GACGUGCAGGCUGUUGCAGAUGCACUUGCAGCUUCAGCAGAGACGGACGGCUCGGGCGCAGCUCAGAUCUCGCGAGCACCAUCGAGUUCCGCGAUGGGCCUGUCACCGACCACGACUCGCUCAUUCGGUCGUGCCGGACAAUUCACAGGCGACUCUAGCAGCCCAGUGAUUCAUCAGGAUGAUUUCAAUCAGCCGGAAGGGGCCUCGAGUCCCAUCGCAGAGCGCGUCAAUCGCCAGGAUGACAUACAAGAGGAGAGCGCUCAGGAGCAGCAAAGACCAGCGCAGAUGCAGGCGGAGCCAUGAGCAAGACGCUCGUACGAGUACAACAGAUGCAACCAACGGAAAACGUGAAAGGGGCGUGCGGAAUCAUACUGUGCCGAAAGGAUCGAUGUACCACUGCUGAACCGAUUGCUGUGCAGUCCGACAGCGCCUUUGUAGCCAUGUCGGGCAAGUGGUCCACUACGAUAAUGUAGUAGGCCUGUCGGG